UUAGGGAAAUCUUUUAAUUAUAUUUCAACAAGAUUUUCUCCAAAAUUUGAUCGAGUAUCUUCAAAAAUAUCAACAAUUGAGUCGUUAAAAUCUUAUUUGAAACAUCUUGAAAUGCCGGAUUUAACUCAAAAAGAAAAGAUCGAAAUUGAAAUUCCAUAUUUAUUAACUAAAGAAGAAAAGAUUGAAAUUGAUGAAUUGCCAGAUUUUAUUCGAGAGAAUAAAGAUGAUUUGGAAAUUAUUGAAUAUGAUAAUAUCAUUAAUUUGUAUGAUAUGCUUCAAUAUGAACAACAAAAGCAAAUUGACAUCAUUUUUGAUGAAGGUUACAAAGUUAUAAUGGUUGGAAGAAAUGAUUUAAAAGAUUUAAAUGAUGAUAAUACUGAAAAUUAUAAAUAUAUAAGUAUUAAUUUAUCAUUAAAGGAUCAAGAUUAUGAAGUUUUUGGUUCAAUAGUAUCAGAUGAUAUAUUAGAAAAAUCAGGAGAAUUUUCUGUAAAAUUUAAAUUUU